AUGCCGGGUCGGCGCCGCACUGCCGACGACGAGGAGGAGGACGGGCGAGUCGCGGAGCCCGCUGAGGACUCGGACGCGGACAGCGCUGGCGAGGAGGCCCUCAACGGCGAGGACGCCGACGCCGGCAAGGCGGCCGACGAGACGGACUAUGCAAACGACGACGAGAGCGAAGAGGAGGAUGCUGACGAGGCGGCGGUGGACGAAGAGUUCGGGGAGGCGGCGCAGGAGAGCUUUGACGACGAGGAGCACGACGCGCGUGACGACCGCGAGGCGGUGAACGUCGCGGUUCCCACCAAGGGAGCCUUCUUUAUGCACGACGACAGGAUGGGCGGCGGCGGCGGCGGCGGCCGGCGGCGCUCGCGGCAGGAAGGGCGGGGCAAGAAGGAGGAGGAGCUGCCGUGGGCGCACGACAAGUUCGAGGAGCUCAUGCGCGAGGAGCCGCGGCCGCAUCGCACCAGCCGCGGCAGCAGAGGCGGCAAGGGCGAGGGGCGCGGCAAGGGCGAGGGCCGGAGCAGCCGAGGGCGCGCACUCCGCCUCGCCUGGCCGCGCCCUCGGCCAGCCGCCCCCGGCUGGGAGGAGGAGGGCGGCCACGCCCGCCAGAACGGCGCUGCGCCUCUGCCUGCCGCCGCCGGCGCGCAGCACCCGCUGCUGAAGGAGGUGCCGGAGGCGGUGGCCGACGCGGCGCGAUCCUCGCCGCCGCAGCUUCCCACAAAGGGCGGCGGUAAGGGCGGCAAGGGCCGCCGCGGCGGAAAGGGCGGCGGGGCGGCACCGCCCAUGCCUUCGCCGUCAGAGGCGGCAGCGGCGGCGGCGGGAGAGGCCGCGGGUGGGGCUGGCGCGGGCGGGAUCUCGGCCGCGCAGGCGCUGCUCUGCGUGGCGCCGCACCUCGCCGCGUGCACCAGUGCCGGGGGAGGAGGGGGGGUGAUCUCGCUCUCUGCGCAGCGCACUCCAGAGUGGCUCCGGAGUGCCGGCGCUGCGGUGGCGGCUGCGGCGUGCCCGGCAGCGAGCAGCGCGGCGGCGGCGGCGCCGAUGGAGGCGGGCGCCGCGGCGCUGUCUCUGCCGGGCGCCGUGUCGCCGUCGCCGUCGGCCGGCCAGCCGCUCAACCGUUCGGCGGCGGCUUUCCAGCCCACCUUCUCCGAGGGGACGUACGUGCAGGGAGGGGCGGCGCAUUGGGAGGGCGGCGGAGGCAUGGGCGGCGGAGGCAUGGGCGGCGGAGGCAUGGGCGGCGGAGGCAUGGGCGGCGGAGGCAUGGGCGGCGGAGGCAUGGGCGGCGGCAUGUCGCCCUCGCCGCUCGGCGGGCUGGUGCAGAACCCGUACGCAGGCGAGGGGCACUACUUGGGCGGCGGCGGCAUGGGGGGCAUGGGCGGCGGAGGGUAUUUGGGCGAGGGUCCGAUGCCGUACGGCGGCGAGGCGGGGCCAAACCUCGAGCUCAACAUCGACGGCUACUCGCUCUCGACGACCAAGCUCGGCGUCUCGGUCCUCGUGCCGACCGGCAAGCGGGCUGUCACCAUCGAGAAGCCGCACGACGAGCCUGCGGCGUGA